GCUGUUCAACUGAGAGUAUCAAAGUACAAGAUCACGAGAAAUAAAGGAGGGGCCUUUUUUCCAGCGAAAUACUGAGGGUUUCCUUCCCAAAAUGCCUGCCGUCUCGUCAUCUUCGGGGCGACCUUCUCGUCCCAAGUCUAAGGAAAGCUUCAAGCUGUCCAAGGCGUUGUCGAAGAUGUCUCGGAACGUCUUCAAGACGUCUAAGGAGAUUUACGAGGAGCUGCCCCGCGUGGCGUUCGACCCGACGUUCACGUGGCUGGCGGCGGGGCUGCUGUUCUGUCUGGAGAUCGUUCUCAAUGUCUUCAUCAUCCUCAGAGUCAACUAUACAGAGAUUGACUGGGUUGCGUACAUGCAGGAAGUGGAGGGGGUCAUCAAUGGAACGUAUGACUACAUGCAGCUGAAGGGGGAUACAGGGCCACUGGUUUACCCUGCAGGGUUUGUGUAUGUGUUUGGAGUGCUGUACUACAUCACUGGUCAUGGAGCAAACAUCCGCCUGGCACAGUUCAUCUUUGCUGGGUUCUACCUGGUCCUCCUGGCUCUGGUCUUCAGGAUAUACAACAAAACACUCAAGGUCCCUCCGUACGCCUUCCUGUUCAUGUGCUGUGCCUCGUACCGGAUACACUCCAUCUUCGUCCUGCGGCUGUUUAACGACCCGGUCGCCAUGUUGUUCCUCUACCUGUCAAUCAACCUGUUCCUGGACAAACACUGGGCCUGGGGAUGCUUCUGGUACAGUUUUGCCGUCUCCAUUAAGAUGAAUGUCCUCCUAUUUGCCCCUGGUCUGCUUCUGCUGUUACUAACGGAGCUGGGUGUGGUCAAAACUGUCGCUAGGCUGGCCAUCUGUGCAGGACUACAGUUAGUUCUGGCCAUCCCCUUCCUGUUGGAGAACCCCGUGGGAUACAUGGUACGGUCCUUUGACCUGGGUCGCCAGUUCUUCUUCAUCUGGACGGUGAACUGGAGGUUUCUGCCCGAGGACAUUUUUCUGAACCGGUCCUUCCACCUGUCCUUACUGGGGCUCCACCUAGCAGCUCUUGCCAUGUUUGCAGUCUACAGAUGGAACAAGAAAAAUCGUCUAUUUGACCUGUUAAGACUGAAGGUGUCUGAGAAGGAACAAGACCAGGCCCAGCUUAGCAGUCAUGAGAUUGUGUCAGUUCUCUUUGCUUCUAACUUCAUUGGCCUGUGCUUCAGUCGGUCCCUGCACUACCAGUUCUAUGUGUGGUACUACCACACUCUGUACUACCUACUGUGGACCACAGACCUACCAACAGUAGUCAGACUGCUGGUACUGGGAGUGAUAGAGAUGGCCUGGAACACCUACCCCUCCACUGUGGAGAGCUCCGUCUCCCUACAUGUCUGCCAUCUUGUCUUACUGGGGGCACUCUGGGUCAAAGGUCAUGUGUCACGAACAGAGGUCAAGGUCAAGAAGGUCAAGUAACAUGUCCAUGUGAGGGUGUGAAUGGGGUUUUACUUAAAGUUGCAAAGAAAAAAAACUGUUGAUAAUAAGUUUUUUUGUGGCUGAAGACUUGUUUUAGUUUUUAGUGUUUGUACACAAAUUCUCAGGUUAAUUCUUCAUAAUUGCCAAAUUCUCUUUUUCAAAGGAAGACUCUUACUAUUUCAGUAUUUGUUAUUUUGUAUCAUUCUGUCAAUAUUUUAGUAUGAUUGUCUUUAUCUUUGAUAUGUGCAAUUGUCUAAUCUGCUUGGGACUUGAACUCAAUAAUAAUGUUAUUGAUACUAUUCAGAGUGAGGGAAACUGUUCUGAUAAUAACAAGAGAGAUAAGAUGAUGAUGUAUUGUGUUCUGUUGUUAAAACCACCUCUUGCUACAGUCUUUCAUCAUUUUGUUCCUAUACCAGUGUCUUCUCUGCUAGCAGCCUAAGCUCUUGAGUAUAAAGAAGACUAUAACUUACGUCACUAAAAAAGUAAAAUGGUUAUGUCCAUGGUACUGUUUCUUUUGUUAUUAGAAAUGUGAUAAGAGCAAUAAAGCUGUGAUGAUGACAUGCGAAAAGUCAUUGAAACAUGUCUCAAAAUGUCUCAAAGUAAAUUUUAUAUCUAUGCUCUGUCUAUUAGUAAGUAAAUACUUGUACAGAUCCCAAUAUUGAAUGAUGCUUGCUGUUUCAUUCGAAACUUUUUAUCCAGUAAUAAGUCACAGUGACAAUGCAGUAUUUCCCAAACAUUAUGCCUUCUAAAUUUGGAAUA